CAAAAAUUGGAAGUCAUAAAUAAACGAAGAAAUGAUGGAGAGGAAUUUUCUGACACACAGUUAAUUGAAGCAGGAACUCUUCAAGACGAAAUAGGCUUUAAUAACUUAAAUAAUUUUAAUGAGGAUGAGGAAAAACAGAACGUCGAUGAUGAAAUUGAAGAAAUAGAUCAAUUAGAUGACGAAACAGAUCGAGAAUUGUCUAAAGUAGUUACAACAUCCAAACAAAUACCCAAAGAAAAUCAUGAACUACAUAAACAAGCUGCAAUAUCAACUCCACCAGAAGACAGACUUUCAUCUCCACUGACACUUGAACCAAUAUCUCGACCAAGGCCCAAACCAAAUCAUCAACCAUCGGUAGAAUCAAAACAUUAAAAAGUAUAUGAACCAUCAGUUCGACUAUUACCUCCAUCAUCAGAGCGACGAUCAGAUGGAUCAUCAGUUGGACCAUCAAUUCAAUCUGGACCUCAAACACCGCCUCAACUAAAAACACAACCCUCAACUACAAAAUCUUCAGAAGAGGUAGAAGAUGGAAACUUUCGUAAUGGUACGGAAAAAGAUAUAAGAAUAUUUAAAAAGUUAAAUACUAUGGGCGUGUUGCUGGAACAUAUAUACCACCAUGUCAACACACUGAGGCAACCCUUUGAAGAAGAAGAUGAGUUUGAUGAAGUAAUGACUGAAUUUCCUGUGACAUCAGCAGAUGACGUCCAGCUCAUCGAAAAUAAACUUAAGGAUGAUGCUUUUUUUACUAAAGUUGUAAAAGCGUUAAAAUCGAUUGGAAAGUUUACGACCCUUAGUAUGACCGUCAAAAAUGCGAUGAAUAAAAUCCUAUCUCCACAGGUCGGAAUGACUUUCAGCUAUAAGGGAAGAAGUGGUAAAAAGCCAGCAUUUCUCGAAACAUCUAUGCAUAAAGUUGUAUUUCAAUCCGUUCGAAAAUUAUAUAAAAAGAAAGUUGAAAACAACGAAAUUCUUCAUUGGAUGCAGAAUUGGGUGGAGCAGUGUUCUUCUGAAGUGAAACGAAAGAAGGCAAAGGAGGAAAAGCAGAGGAGAGCCGAAGAAGCCCAGAUUCUUCUUGAAGAUGAUGAUGACGACGAUUAUGACGAUGAUGAGACCGAGGAUAAGGAUAAUGAGAGUGAAUAA